AAUUUGACCGAUAACAGAAGCCAACAGCAUAGUGGAUGAUCCAUCGGUCACUAUCCAUGAAUGCAUCCCCAUUAGAUCUCUCACUCGCUAUCUCCAAAUCGAGGGACAGUAAGACGCCUAAACUCCAUAGCUCAAAAGAUAGAUACAGAGCUCAGGUACAUAGGUUACACUGAGAGACAAACAAGCAGAAAUGUCAAGGAGAUCAGGGGCUUGCUUGAGAUGCUGUUUGGUCAUAUUUGCAGUUGUUUCAGCUUUGGCUGUCUGUGGCCCUGCUCUUUAUUGGAGAUUUAAGAAAACCAUUGGAAACUCUGGUUCCAAAAUUUCUUGUCCUCCUUGCAUCUGUGAUUGCCCUCCUCCUUUGUCCCUUCUCAAGAUUGCUCCUGGGUUGGCCAAUCUCUCAGUCACAGAUUGUGGAAGUGAUGACCCUGAUCUCAAAAGGGAGAUGGAGAAGCAGUUUGUUGACCUUCUAACAGAGGAGUUGAAAUUGCAAGAGGCUGUUGCAGAAGAACAUGCACACCACAUGAACGUAACUUUUGCUGAAGCGAAGCGGGUGGCUUCCCAGUACCAAAGGGAAGCUGAAAAAUGUAAUACUGCCACUGAAACAUGUGAAGAAGCUAGGGAGCAGGCUGAGGCAUUGCUUAUCAGGGAGAGGAAAGUUACUUCCUUAUGGGAGCAACGGGCCCGCCAACUUGGUUGGGAAGGAGAAUAAUUGUUUGUAAAAGUGAUGCAAAAUUUCCUUUCGGUAGAACUAGGGGAAUUAUGCCAAUUAUUUAUAUAGGAGGCAAGCAGAUUGCUUGUGUCAUCUAGCAAAGGCAAAAACUCUCACAAAUUGUUUGUGUUCUGAAGCCAAGCAAAUGAUACAUGCGUUCACAAUUUUUACUUGUAAUUGACAUGUUAUAGAUCUGUAAGCUUAAGCAGCAGUACCUGAAUUCUCUUAAUCCCUAUUUCAGUUUAUGUCA